AUGCUCACCACAUCAGAAAUGGCGGGACUCAUCUGCCUCAGAUGCAAGGAACUCGGCAUCCCCGAGGUCUAUCAGACGGACAACCUCCCCGACACGGGCGAGAUUGCCGCCGAGCGUGUGGUGGUCAUACCCAAGGGCGAGAGCGACGGCACAAAGUGGCGCAAGACCCCGAUAGAGGUCAACGUGCUGACCCCGAACGUUCAGACCCGAUACCUCGACAUUCCGAGGCUCAUCGAAAUAGAGAGGGCGGUGCGUCAGUUGUUCAAGGGCGUGACGUGCGGGCAGGACGACGAGGGACGGGCGUGGCGGUAUCAUCUGACGGCGGUCACCCGUAUAAACUCAACGCAACUGCGCGGAAUUGACAUCCUCAAACUUUGGCACUUCGACCCUACCGCAGUGUCGGCAGACCUCACACCCGAGGCGCUUGCCACACUCCUCAAGGGCGAGAAAGUCACUGAGGUCAAGAACGUGCAUCAGGACACUUGGAACAUUGAGGAGGGCGAGGCAUCGCAGGACUCCUACAAGAACCAACUUACGGGCUCGGUGUACCGAAUGGGCGCAAAGACUAUGGGCGACAUCACAAUCGCCUUCACAAUCGGCCAGUACGACUACGAGACCAAGCAGUUGCUCCUCGGCGGCGACCUUAUCAAGGACGGCGAGGACAACGUGGUGGGUUGGAAACGUGCAAGGGGAAUCGUCGAAAUCAAGAGGGGCGUAAUCGCCCUCACCGAGGACGGCGUUUACAUCGUCGCCCCUUACUGCAACUUCUCCGCCCGUGAGCAGAACCAAGACGGCGCAAUCGGUCUCGGCGUUUCCGCCACCGUGCUUGAGCCACUCUCCGAGGGUGUGCAUCCCGAGUAUUGGUUCGACGAGAGCGCCGUGAAGUUGUCAUAA